AUGAUCAUGUAUGCCUCCUCCUUGGUCUCUGCUGAACCAAUUCUGCCCCAGAUUGACUGGUAUGGGCAGAGCCUUUGGGGAGCAAUACUCACAUACUCUCUCGUUUUAGUGAGGUUCUAUUUGCUAGGUGUCCUGGCGGACGAGGAAACUUUGAGUGAGUAUUUUGGUGGAGUAAAAGAUGGGAAGAGUGUAUUAUUAUCGGAAAUUCUAAAAUCUGAGAAUUUCCACCUACUUCUGUGUGCCAUUCUAUGGCAAUUCACAAAACCUUCGCUCACCAAGAUUCUACCCUACGGAGUAUAUUCUUUCUUGAACAUUACGAGCUAUUUGACAGUUGACGCUUUCCCCGGAAACCAACUGUCCGUGGCACUUCUGCCGCUCAAGACCUAUUCGGAACCUCUUCUGCUGCUUGGUGCGGCUUGGGCCGAGCUGUUGAUCUUUGGGUCCCUAGCACGAGAGAGCUGGGAGGGAGAGUCUGUGUUCUAUUUCUACUUCUAUUUGUUCCUGUGGGGUUUAAGAACGGAUUCCUCGGAGGCAACCAGAACUGCGUUCCAUAAUGUGGUGGACAUGUUCGAUUGGUUACUUCUUAACAGACUCUGUCCACCAGCAAUACGCCAAUCAUGGCUGAGUUUCAAAAGGCCAUUAUACGCUUUGAUCCCGUUGGAGGUGCAAGAUCUCUCCGCAGCUGAAGAGCUAGAAAUGGAACUUGCUGAUGCUUCAAGUGCUGCCGACCAGAGUGGGUUGACAGUUGAAGCUGCUGGAAAAGACUACAGAGUAAAUUAG